AGCCCCUCCCGCUCCGGGUCCCUCUCACUUCACCUGCUCGCUCAGGCCGCCGCCGACUCUCGUUGCGACUCAGCGCCGAGCCAAACUUCUUCUCCUCGCUCUCGGUGGUCCGUGCGGAGCGACCCUCGACUCGCUUUUCUUCACCGUCGUUUUCACUGACAUUUUUCGACGGACGCAGAAGCUUCCCGGCUCCUCAGGUGACUGUAAACGGGAGACCUCCUCCGGCUUCGAGAAGGAUGCACGCGGUUGUCCGUUUCUUCGGUGCCUUCCUCGCCGCGGCGAUGCUCGCUCCAGCAAGCGGCAUGCAGAAGGUCAUCAGCCAGUAUGGAGAGACCAUCAUAGUGCCAUGCAACAAUGGUGACAACAAGCCUUCUGAUCUGAUCUUCACCAAAUGGAAAUAUACAAAAGACGAUGGUUCAUCUGGAGACCUCUUGGUGAAGCAGGCCCAGAAGGAUGAUGCAAAGGUCUCGGCCACAGAUGGCUAUAAGGACCGCAUUAACAUCACGGAUAACUCCAGUCUGCUGAUUACCAAAGCCACCCUUGGUGACCAGAGAGUCUUCACCUGCAUGGUGGUCUCCAUCAAUAAUCUGGAUGAAUACCCGGUGGAGGUGGAAGUGCGGAAGAGACCGUCAGCUCCUGAGAUCAAGAACAAAGCAAGUCAGCUGGAAAAUGACAAACUGACACCGCUGGGAGAGUGUGUGACUGCAGAUGCAAACCCUCCAGCGGAGAUCAUCUGGCUGAAGAAUAACAAGACCCUACUGAACGAUAACAAGACGGUCAUAAUCACCCCCAACAUAGCGACGGACCCAGUGACUGGUUUGUCCAGCACUAAAUCUAGUUUGCAGUACACAGCAGGGAAGCAGGACAUGACAUCACAGUUCGCCUGCCUUGUGAGACACGUGACCGGUCCAGACCAGGUGACCGCACCUGUGGCCUUCAGCAUCCACUACCCCACUGAAAAGGUGAGUUUGCAGGUGGUACCUGCAAGCACUGUUAAGGAGGGUGACAACGUGACUCUGAAAUGUCAGGCAGAUGGAAACCCUCCUCCUACCAGCCUCAACUUCCACAUCAAGGGUAAGAAGGUUGCUGUGACCGGCUCGGGCGUGUACACUCUGUCUGGAGUGACCCGCGCUGACUCCGGAGAAUACAAAUGCUCUCUGCCCGACAACGACAAGAUAGAAGCCACGGCGACAGUCACAGUGACCUACCUGGACCUGUCCCUCAUUCCCUCAGGAAGAGUGCUGAAGAAGUAUGGAGAAUCCUUGGAGGUGAAGGUAGAGAAGAACUCCUCCAGUGAACCAACAGUGACCUGGACUAAGAACAACAGCAAACUGGAGAAGCAGCCCGACUUCUCAAAGCUAACAUAUGGCCAUGCGGGCAUGUAUGUGUGCGAGAUGUCUGUAGCAGGAAUCAAACGCAGCGCCUCCUUCCAUCUGGUGGUAGAAGGUAUUCCUGUGAUUACAAGGUUGACAAAACAGCAAAGCACAGAUGGAAAAAACAAGGUGCUGAUCUGUGAAGCAGAGGGUUCACCGCAACCUAACGUUCAGUGGAGUGUCAAUGGAACCAAUAGUGAGAGCUCGUAUGUCAAUGGAAAAGCUACCUACAGACUGACUGUCGUGCCCACUAUGAACCUGACGGUCACUUGUCAGGUCGCCAAUAAUUUAGGCUUGGACAGCAAGACCAUCAAUGUGUCAUCCUUAAUAGACGAUCGCAGAAAGGAAAAACAAGACUUACCAGAGGACGAGGACAAGGCCAAGCUGAUCGUGGGUGUGGUGGUGGGCCUCCUUGUUGCCGCCGCUGUGGUGGGCAUCAUCUACUGGCUCUACAUGAAGAGAAGACAAGGCAGCUGGAAGACGGGCGAGAAGGAGAUGGGCACCUCAGAGGAGAGCAAGAAGCUGGAGGAGAACAGCCACAGGCCAGACGUUUAGAGCAGCUCACACAACCCCUACACACUGAGAAGAAGAGAGGCCUUGCCACACUGAAUGUGCUGUACAACACCACAACAUGUCUAUCAUUUGAUCUCUGAUGCCUGAUUGGACGCAGUCGCUCUGGUUCAAGCUGCAUACGUGUGCAUCGCAGAAUACUUACAGAAUGUCGCAAAACCCUGAAGAACAGUUUCCAGAAGAAAUCCUCCACCAUCCCUCCAUCUCGAAAGAAAAAAAUAGCCACUUGUGUUGUAAAUUUAGUCUGCACUGAAAACGGAGUCUUUUUGGUUUUAUUUUUGAACUGUUAUGAUUUGAUUUUCUUGUGUUCCUGGUGAAUGCUCUUUGUUUCAUGCGCGUUGCAGGUGUGGUGGGUUCGAGCUCCUCCCUCCUCCCCCCUCCCCUCUUUUUAGUAGAAAAAGAAAGUUCACUGUACACUUUCAGGCCUUUGUAAAUAUGUCAUAGCGAGCACAUUCUCUUUGCUCAAAGCUGAGAAUACUGUAUAAUUCAGGUUUAGUUGAUGCAGGAUUGAGUGAUCUCUCUCUCUCUCUCUCUCCUGAGUUAAUCUGCUCCUGUGAAGCCUGCUGGAUCCUGGAGGAAUGAAGACUUCACUGCUGUUACGCUCUCUUUUCCUCAGUUCGGGUGGUUUGCUUUCAUUGAUCAGUACUUCUUUUAGGCUGCCGCCACCCCUCUCCAUCCGAAAAUCGAUUUGAUUCACAGUGGUCCGAGAAGCGAAGCUGAUUGUCUCCGAGCGCUUGGAGAAACCGGUUGCUCUGUAGCCGUAGUUUUAGUUAUAGUUAUAGGCUAGAGUCGUUUUUCAGUCAAAGAUGUGUAAAUUGUUGAAUGUAGGGGCGUGUCCAGGUGAACCCUUCGCUGGCCUUAAUGCAAGUUAGUCUUGUUUCCACUAAGUUACUGAAAGCCUUAACAAAGUCACUGAAGGCUGUUCCAGGCCCAGGCAACUGGAUCAAACACACUAACCCAAACACAAGGGAUUAUGUUGAACAGACACUAAAUCCUGACCAGUUUUUCCCAGAUUUUAGUGCAGCCAUAAGUCACGAGGUACAUUAAUGUCAGCAGCUCCACACAACGCAUCCUACAGCCUUGCACACUGAGCCUCGACGCCUCCCUUUAUUUAUUUAUUUUUUUAAAGAAAUAGAUCAAUAGCUGAAGAAAGAAGUCGUGUUGAGCUCCCUCUUUGUUCCCUAAGCCAGAGAGGAGUCUUUGUGUUGAGCAGUUGAAGUGCAGUGUCCUACACAGCUCUGUGUUUAUGAUGAAACGUGUCGUGUGAGGAAUUUCUCUUGGUUUCUUCUGCUUUCAUUUUUGCUUGAUGUGCAGCUCAUCGUUAAGCUGUUGUGCCCUUUUGCUUGUGCAAAAGUCUGCACGCCCUUGUUCAGAUUAAAGUAUAAAUUAGUUUCUAUCAUUUUUAAUGCAUGAUGACUGCUGAAUUUAACAUGGUUCAGAAAUUAAAAUGUUGAGUUCUGUUUUUGUUUAAAAAAAAAAGCCAAUUUUGCACUAAAAUGUGCAGAAAUGGGCCGUUUAAGUCAUUCCCUCUAGUUUGCAGUUACAAUACCAACAAACCAAGAUUUGACCAGGGGUGCCCAAACUUUUGCACAAGGCUGCACAUCAACAGCUUUGAGUUGUUUUCAGGAUAUAUAGAUAUAUAUAUAUUUCAGUUUCUUGGUGUUCCUCAUGUGUGAGAUGGUCGAGUUAGUGGCCCACACUGUAGUCCUUGGCUUGUGGUUGUUCUGAGGCAUUGCUGAGUUCACUGGUCAGAAGAGGUUUGUUGUAAAUACGUCUGGUCUUCGUGUUUAGCUCAUGUUUGGCUAUUUAUAUUGUGUGAGAAUGUGAGGUUAGCUACACUUCUGCCUGGACACUAGUUAGGCAUAUUAAAAUUGCCCCCCCACUUUAUUUAUACCUUCAAAAUGUGCUACUUCCACCACUGCAGGAUGGACAGGUGACUUGAUUUUUCCUUUGGUUUCUUUUCAUCUCUUUGUUCUUAAAGGCCAUGUUGAGGUUCACUUCAUGUCACUGGGUUGUUUUUUUUAUUUGUCAUGCCUAUGUUUAUUCCAGACCAUCAGGGCAGCAGUGAAACCAAAGAGGGUGAUCGAGAAGAAGGCCAUAAAGUGUUUGUAAAUAGACUUUUGGUUUUGUACUUUUGUUGAGAAUAAAGUGUACAUUUUGAAGAAA